ACUUUAACAGCCUGUUCGUUCCCAUUCCACCUAAUUCAUCAUAUCUCUGUAACUUUCUUCCACUCUUUCUUUCUGGUGACUCUUUCUCUCUCCCCAUUAUAUAUACAUAUAUAUAUAUAUCUACAUAUAUUCUCUCGAUCGUAAACCCCCUGAGCAAGAUACCAGUCCACGAAACCUCCAAAGAGCUUCCAAUGGAUCCGUGCUCUUUUGUACGGAUCCUCGUUGGCAACCUUGCCGUCAAGUUUCCCGUAGCUUCCAAGCCUUCGUUCUCCGUCGUCCAUCCCUCAACGUCCCCGUGCUUCUGCAAGAUCAAGCUCGAUAAAUUCCUCACCCAGUACAGUACUGUGCCUUUGGUCGCCCAAGAAAGCCAAACCAACUCCCACGAUUGCUCCCUGGCUGCUUCCUUCACUCUGAACAAGACCCACAUCGACAAACUUCUGGAGAAGGGGAGGAACCCGGUCGUGCAGAUUGCGGUCUAUCUGGGGCGAAGAGGGACCACGUGUGGCUUCAACAGUGGGAAGCUGUUGGGGAAGGUCGCGGUGGAGGUGGAUUUGCGCGCGGUAGAGACAAGGGCUAGUAAUAUUCACCAAGGUUGGGUUGCCAUCGGAGGGAACGAGAAGAAGGGUUCGUCGGCCCAGUUUUACGUUAGCGUUAGGACCGAGCCCGAUCCAAGAUUUGUGUUCCAGUUCGAUGGAGAGCCAGAGUGCAGUCCUCAAGUUUUUCAGGUCCAUGGAGAUGUUAGGCAGCCGGUGUUUUCUUGCAAAUUCGGUUUCAAGAACAUGAACGAUCGGAAUAUGCAAUCUUGGCCAUCGUUGAGCGAACCAAGCACUUCAAGAAGUUGGUUAAUGGGUUCUCACACUGAAAAGGACCAAACAGAAAAACAGCGGAAGGGAUGGCACAUAACCAUUCACGACCUCUCAGGCUCGGCGGUCGCCGUGGCCUCCAUGGUCACUCCGUUCGUACCGUCCCGUGGCUCCCACAGCGUCAGCCAAUCUAGUCCCGGCGCUUGGCUCAUCCUUCGCCCCGAGGACGGGGCCUGGAACCCUUGGGGCCGCCUCGAGGCGUGGCGCGAGCGUGGCUGCUCUGAUGCCGUCGGCUACCGCUUCGAGCUCUUCACCUGCACCGACGCCGCCACCACGCUUGCUGCCGACUCAAUCAGCUCCAGGAACGGCGGUAAAUUCAGCAUAGACAGAACCUUCGGCAUCAGCAACACCCCAGGGCACACCCCCAACAGAAGCUGCGAUCUUGGAUCCGGGUCAAGAUCCAGACGCGGUUCGAGCUCCGGUUCAGGAUCGGGGUUAGAAAUCGGGUAUGGACCAUUGUCGCCGCCAGUGUACAGAGGGUUUGUGAUGUCUUCAACGGUGGAGGGAGCGGGAAAGUGCAGCAAGCCGGUGGUGGAGCUGGGCGUAAGGCACGUGACAUGCGCGGAGGACGCGGCGACUUACGUGGCAUUGGCAGCAGCCAUGGAUCUGAGCAUGGACGCUUGCGGGUUAUUCUCGAAGAAGCUGCGGAAGGAGCUGAGGCAACAGUAGUAGUGUCGGAUCCUUUGUCGUUUAAUGCAGGAAGUUAGCUU